GUCUGUCAUUUUCUGGCAAAAAGAAAGUCAAUGUAUUCAAUAUCAUCGUUGAACAUAAAAUAAAAAUGCGAAAUCUAAUGUGGGUAGUAAUCCUCCGUAGAAGCGGUCAUAUCUUUCUCAGGAUGAAAUCACAAUGGAAAACAAUGAAAUCUUAUUAAAAACAAUAUUCUCAAUUUAUAAUUGCUUAUUUAUUGUGAGUGAGCAAUGUGAGACGUUGGAAAGAGACAGUGGGUCAUUGCCUCCUCGGUCACCUCGCUGCUCUCUUUCUCCGUCCGUCCUUUCGCUCGCUCCAUUUUCACUCGAGGUCGUUUCGUUUCCUCCUCGUGUUUACAUUUACUUUUAAUUCGGUUUUUGAAUUUGUUUUUUUAUUCAAAUAAUUUGUAAAUAUGGCUGGGCGUAACCCAAAAAAGGCCAAUUAUGAAAAAAUUCAGCACUUUUGUGGAUAUCACUGCGGAUUUAGCACCCAAAGUGUAACAGAACUUUUCGAUCAUGUGCAAAGAGGUGUGUGCCGUGUUCCGAGUGUGAAUCUUCCGCCUUCUACAACUCCCUUAUCAUCCAACAAUACUGAAGCGAUUGCAGUGGAUAUCACUGAACAAGAAGAGGUGAUUGUUGUGGGGGAUAGCGAGAAUGAAGAUUCGAGAAUUGGUAUGGACAUUGGGGAGAAUCAUAGUAAAAGUGAAAGUAACCAUGCGAUAAGUGAUAAAGAAGAGGAGAAAAAGGAACAAACGAAUGCUAGUCGACUUGACUUUUACAAGUAUUUGGCUACCCUUAGUAAAGAAGAGUUUGACGACAAGGGAGAAUUUGAACAAAUUCUGGAUCAGGAGAAUGCGGAUUCAAAAAUCCGACCACGAAAAGCGGGACCUGUUCCACCUCCGCUGCAUUCUAAUUCAUUUAAAUGGGAGUAUGGAUUGAAAAUUAAAAGAGGAAACAAGUUUGUCGCCAUUGCUACAGCUAUUGAAGCGAGUAUUUCGACCCCCGAAAGAACAAAUCGUCAUGUUCAGCAAACAAAGAAACGUAGACAGGAACAUGGAUCUCAUCAAGUCUACUUGGUGAUAACAUUGGAAUCGUCGCUCAUUGACGGAAUGUCACUUCAUCAAGUCUGGGAGUAUAUGAGAGACCACUCUCCCCCACACGGAACCUAUGUAGGAGAGUACUAUUCAUUAAGACUUGAGGCACGACCAUUGCAUUUUUCAAAACCAAAGGACGGCAAAUACGUUUCUAAUCUGCAAGAGGAAAUACAAACCAAAGACGUUCGUGCAUUUCAAGUAGCUGUUCUCGUUAUGCCGUCCGAAAAGGAGAGAAAGGACUUGGAAGAAUAUGUGAUUCACUACCUGGCCGAACGGGAGGAAAAAACAAAAUCUUUGUGGAUGAUCAAUGGAUGCACUAAUUUCAAGCUUGACGUUGACCUACGGAAUCAAGCCAAGCAAUUUGCUAAGGGGUGGAAGGAGGACGGAUCCAGUCCCUUAUUGAUUUAUCAGGAAGAAGGAACAAAUGACCCGGAAGGCCGCUUCAAUAUAGGAUAUAUUUGUACCCCAAGUGAUUUUGUUGAGAAAACUCCAUCCAAGAAAUAAGUUAGCCUUUUUAUGAUUUUAUGAAAAUGUUUUCUACCAUGAUUUCUUAUUGGUAAUGUUUUUAUGAACUGAAGUGUAAAGUUAGAUAUGUGUUCCUGUCUUAUAGUAUUUAUUUCAAUGGUUCCUGUAAAUUUAUAUGUACGAUCUGGGUUUUCAAAUAAAUAUUCUAGUUAAUUAAUAAAAAA